AUGUUAUGCAGUAAACACUUUGAUGACUUCUCAUUCACUAACAAUGCGAGGAUAAGAUUGCACAAUUUUGCCAUCCCAACUGGGACACAGGAUUUAAUGGUAAAGAUUCGCCAGGAACAAUGUGCAACUGCAAGUGAAAGUAAACAAGAUACAAAUAUCUCAGUUGAAAAACCUCAAGUGCUAGUGUUGGAACCUUCAUUACCUGUUCAGGUGCCAACCACAGCCAACCCAACUACAUCUUUACCUGUUCAAGUGCCAACCAUAUGUGAACCAACUACUGAUAGCUUGAAGAUGCUAGUGUUGGAACCUUCAUUACCUGUUCAGGUGCCAACCACAGCCAACCCAACUACAUCUUUACCUGUUCAAGUGCCAACCAUAUGUGAACCAACUACUGAUAGCUUGAAGAUGCCAAGGACUAAAGGGAUUUUGAAGGAGCUAGAUUUAAGCAAGUCAUUGGAAUUGACCCCUAAGAAACUUAAACUGUAUAAAAGAUGUAGGAGAAAUUUGAGCGAAAUAAUGAGACUUAGAAAAAAAAUUAAGAAACAACCACGUGCCCUCUUCAAAACAUUAACUACAAAUAGUAAUGUCCAAAGUCUCAUGGACAAAAAUAUAUCAGGGCCAUUUGCUUUAUUGUUGCAAAGUCAACUGCAAAAUACUCCCAGAAAACUAACUGGUCGGAGGUGGAGUAUAGAUGACAAAGUUAUGGCUUUAAGCAUCUAUAAAAGGUCUACUGGCUGCUAUAGACUGCUGAGGCGACUUUUUUGUCUACCAAGUGAAGGUACAUUAAAAGCAUUGCUGAAUAGAAUUCCGAUGAAAUGCGGUAUAAAUAGCCAAAUAUUCAAAACAAUUAAAGAUAUAACUAAAAAUCGAGAACCAGAAGAAAAUCUGUGCAUUUUGGCAUUUGACGAAAUGUCAAUACGAAAACAUUUGCAAUAUAAUAGUAAACAAGAUGUAAUUGAUGGUUAUCAAGAUCAUGGAAAUCAAGGCAGAACUAUGGAGCCAGCCACACAUGCAUUGCUUUUUAUGGCUAUUGGAAUCCGAAAGAAGUGGAAGCAGCCUUUAGCUUUCUACUGUUCUGGUGACUGUGUUACGGCUGAUAGAUUAUCUGUUCUUAUAAAAGAAUAUUGCAAAUUGAUGGAAAAUCUAUACCAGGUGUAG